AUGCAUCUGGUGUACGUCGCAGUGACGAUCCUGGCGGCUCUUGUAAGAUGCAGCGGCGCAGUCAUGUCCGUCGUUGACCCUGGGGCUGUCCUGGGGCCGGACGUCGCUCGUGAGAACUUCGUGGUGAAAGGCUACGUCAACGAAGCCAGUAUGGAGAGGCUGUUGAAGGAGCCUUGUGCGCGCAACGGCUGGGAAGUGAUACAAGCGGACGAUGAGAAGAGAAUCUUCGGCCUCGCCAACAAAGUAAAGUCGCUUAUUACGACGGUCUCGCAAAGUGACAUCGUGGGGAAGGCCAAAAGUGCUGCGAUGACCGCUGCGGGUUCAGCGAUGGUGCCAGCUACUUAUCUCGCUGUACUACUUCAAACAGUCGUCGAGAAGACUCUGGGAGUGAUAGCACCGUUAUGGAACACGCUGGGCAACAGUCCAUCCUCUCUACUAAUCAAGGCCAAGCUUAUGGAGCUUUCACAGACGUUCAAUGAGGUGAUGAAGGUCGGUGCGACAAUGAGUACGAUAUAUCUCGAAACUCUCGCAUCGAAGUACAGGUUGGCCAUCGACGGGCUUUCGAAUAAGUCGGCAUCGCUUUUGAAGACGCUGGCUGCACAUCCGGAAGUCAUGAGAAUCAAGAGGACGCUUGAAGAGCAGAUAGCAGACACGGUAGUGAGAGUUGCGAUUUUGUUUGUUCAAGUGCAAGUCAAAAAGCACGCAUUGAAGGUGGGGGAGUUUAUCAAUCGGCUGGUAGAGAAGUUGUUACCGAAUUGGAAGGCAAUUGGCGCUGAUAUGUCAUUGCAGACCACGCGUACGACUUUUGGAGAGAUGGUCACAGACGUGGUAAUGAAGAUUGCGUUCAAGUUAAUCAAAUUUUCACUGCAAAAGCACGCCAGAAGGUACAAGACAAUCGUCGGUAAGCACCUGAACAAGUACUUGCCAUACUGGAUGGAACUUAAAAUCUCAACGGUAAGACCUAAGAACAAAUUCACGGAGCUUGCAGAUACUGUCAGAGGUGUGAUAAGAGCAGCCCUGUGGUUUGUAGUAAAAGUGCAAGUCAGGAAGCAUGCAUCAAAUUACAAGGCGGCCAUCAAAAAUCUUCCGCACGAGUCAGCACGGUACUGGAAGAAAAUAUCUGCCAGUUCUACCGUCAAGAAAAUCAUAUCCACGAUCAAGAAGUUUGCAGCAAAGAUCGCAGACGCGCUAUUGGCGAUUGCGCUAUUGAUAGAAAGGAUACUGGAUAAAGUCGAAUUGAUGUCGAAGUAA